CAACAGUGUGUGUAAGUAACCACGACAUGGCGUCAAGGUUACGGGAUUUACCAGUGCGACCUUGACAGUGUUAAAUACAUUUAGUAGGAAGUUUGAGUAUUAUUAACUUAUUUUGCUCAGAAUCUUCAAUAGUUUUAUGUAUUUGGUUAUUGCACUACACAACAUGACAUUCUGGUCUCUUUAGUUGCAAAUAUCAUACUGUUCAUUUAAACAAACCGAACUUUCAAAGUGAUUUAUUGUGUUUCUGCUCUACUAACUCUUCGCUGACCAUUCGAGACUCGCACUAUUUCAAAGCGCUACUUACGAGGCGAGCCAAGUAGUGCGGUUGGUCUUAUUAUGGUUCAGUUGUUCUCUAUUGGUUCAUACUAGUCACCCACCUGUUCAUUGCUGCACAAAACAGGCUUAUGGUUCUAUUGUUUUGCCGAUCUCAUUUACUACUUAUGCUUAAGCGUUGUAUUGUUUGUCAUGUCAGAGCUGUCCUGUAAUCUAGAUGUAACUGAUUCUUUUCAUGCUGCACAGAAUACAUCUAUUCCUAAUUCUAAUUCCAUUAGUUUAUUGAAUGAUGAUGAAACUAUUGAAAAUCAUCAUGAUUGUGAUUCCAUUACUCAACAAGGUCCACCAUCAUUAAAAAAGCCUAGAUUAUUUGAACAAUCUGAUACUUUGUGUACAUUGAAUAAUGGUUUCAAAGAUGUUCACAAUGUAUACAAUUUGAAAAGCUUACCAGAAUUACAAGAUGAAAUUAAAAAAGUUCGAUUAUGUUUUAAUUCAAAAUUAAAACUUGCUCUAAAAGAGAAAUUAUCUCAAUAUAUAACUUCCAUUGAAACAACUGAGAAAACAGUAACUAAUUUAAAAGAAGAAAUCAAUCAAUUAACAGGACGUAUGGAUUUUAUUGAAUCUUCAUCAAAAGACUUGAUAAAGUUAAUUAAUGAACAAAUUCCUUUGCCUGCUCCAACAAAUGGUAUUGGUCAAUCAAGGACUCUUUCUUCUCAAGCUCCUCGUUUACCCUUACCAUCUUAUCCUCCUUCGGUAUCGGCACCAGAUCGAUCUAUACAAACAGUGAAUUCAUUGAAUCGACUGCCUAAUGUAAACGCAUCCAAUUCCACUUCAUCUAGAUUAUUAUCUGUUCUACCGAAAGCAUUUGAAAUUCAAUGUGUCCCACCUCAAACUACUACUGCACCAGGUACAGUUUUAGCUAUUCAAGUCAAUGAUACUAUUGAUUUAACAUCAGAUACUACUAAUGUAGAGAAUGCUUGGGAGGAACAUUUGGUUUCUGGUUCGACAAAUAAUAAAAAACUAAAUAAACAUAAUGCUACACCUCUUUCAAAUUUACCAAAUGGAAUUAUUUCCACAAUCAAUAUUCCAUCAUCAUUCACAAUUGAUACAAACGGUGGUGGUGCUGGUGGUACCGGUACUAUUGUAGAUAAUUUCAAUACAAAACAAUCAUAUUUUGAUAUGGCAUCAUUAUCUCAAAUACAAAAUAAUAUUCAACCUAAUCCAUUCAAUAAUUCAUAUUCUAUGAUGUCAGAUGUUCAUCUACUCCCUGUUGCUUUAUUACCACCAGUUCCUCCAACACAAUCGAUCACUAAUAGAAAUCAUCUUCCAUUACAACCUGUUCCUCAGCUAACUAUUGCAGAAGCAGUGGAAGGAGUUUGUUUACAAUGGUCUAUAACCUAUCCAAAUGGAUCAUUUGAACCAGCUAUUUCAUAUGAAAUUUAUAGUUAUGCUUCAUCAGAAGUUAAUCUAGUCACUGUUCAAACAUCAUUACCAUGGAAAAAGGUUGGUGAAGUAGCUGCUCUUCCUUUACCUAUGGCAUGUACAUUAACUCAUGUUCAAGCGAAUAAUAUGUAUUAUUUUAUUGUUAGAUCAGUUGAUCGAUUGCGUCGAUAUAGUUCAUGGUCAAAUGUUGUCAAUGCAUAUGUUAGUUGAAAUACUGCAACCAAGAGAAGAAAAACUGUUUUGUCAACUAAGCAUCUUAUUUGGUGUCUUUUCUUGAAAUACUUCUUUAUCAUUGAGGAUAGAUGUGUUUUGCUUUUUUUUAUUGAAAAAAAAAACACUGCUGCAUUUAUCCAGUAACAAAUAGGUCUGUACAGUUUUUAUUCAUGUCAACAAGAAGUGUGUGUGUGUGUGUGUGUAUGUAUGUGUAUACAGAUAUAUAUGUAAAGUUUCUUUUCUUUUUAUUCAGGGACUUUAGCCCUAAAUUGAUUUUUCAUCAAUUGUAUAUUUUAAUAUUUUGUAAUCUAGAUUAUAUAUAGAUAUGUAUCAAACUCAGAAA